AUGUCCACCAUGUCAGACAAUGACACGGGCAGCCCUUCAAAGCAGAUUCAAGAAGAAAUGUCGGGCGCCAUCCAUCCCGUCGAGGAAAUCACAAAAUCUGGAACCAGCCCCCAGACUGGAGAGAAGAGAAAGCGAGGUCGACCUCGUAAGACACCCGAUGAAGUGACAAAAUCAUCUGAUGAACCAAAACGUGGACGUGGACGACCUCGCAAAGUUCUCUCCGAGACAGAGAUCGCGGCCGCCGCCGCGGCGGCCGCUUCGCCGGGAGUCAAGAGGGGGCGCGGUCGCCCUCGAAAGGAGUCGGGUACUACGACAGCUCAGCCAUCCACGACACCCAAGAAGGAUGGCCGUGGACGCCCCCGCAAGGAACAGGUAGCGACAACAGAUUCUCCCUCUACAGAGCCCAAAAAGAAGGAUGGCCGUGGUCGUCCACGCAAGAAUCCCGCAGCAACACCAUCCACAACCCCGAAGAGAGGUCGCGGACGUCCUCGCAAGAGCAUUACCACGGACGAACCUGUUGCCAACACCGAGUCCAAGAUUGAGGAUCCCGACGAGGAGGACAGGGCGACUAGUCAGCCUGUUCGUGAAAGCUCGCCCUUGGAAGAUACCGGUCGCUCGUAUUGGCUGAUGAAGGCAGAGCCCGAAUCUCGUCUAGAGAAAGGGGUCGAUGUCAAGUUCUCGAUCGAUGAUUUGGCUGCUGCAAAGGAACCGGAACCUUGGGAUGGCGUUCGGAAUCCAGUUGCUCGGAAUAUCAUGAAAGAGAUGAAGCAGGGGGACUAUGCCUUCUUCUACCACUCUAAUUGUAAAGUGCCUGGAGUGGUUGGUAUCAUGGAGAUUGUGCGGGAGCACUCAAUUGACGAGUCCGCUUUUGAUUCCAAACAUCCAUACUACGACCCGAAGUCCACACCGACGGCUCCCAAGUGGGUGGUGGUACAUGUCGAGUUUCGCAAGAAGUUCAAUAACCCGGUCACCCUCACCGACCUCAAACUUCAUGGCCAGCCUGGCAAGGCGCUCGAAAAUCUUCAAACUCUCAAACAAUCGCGGUUGAGUGUCUCUUCAGUCACGCCGGCACAGUGGAGAUACAUUCUCAGGAUGGCGGGUGAAGAAGUGCGGGCUAAUAGCUAG